CAAACACUGACAAAAGACACAUGAGAAGAAACCAGGAAAACAAGAAUCCUCAUUCAUUUCCUACUGCAGCGCUCAAGCAGAACACCUGCAUGUGGAACUGAACACCUGUAGCGUGAGUGAUCCACCUCCACACAGCAUCAUGUGGCCUGUCCUCCUUGUGUAUCAUCUUGUCCUGAUUCUCCAGUUGGAGGCUCAGAGUCCCUGCCUUACCCAUCCUACAUUCAGAGAGCCAGACAACUCGGACAUCACUGUGGUUUGUGGCACGAACAGGAUAGAUUUGCAGAUUUUGUUGUGUCCCAUGUAUUUCAAUGGAUACAGUGAAGCGAUGGUUGCUCUGAAUGGUCAGUUCUUCACACCUGAAUGCAGAGGAAAUGCAGACUGGACCGUCGACCCCCCUGUAGUCAAAUUCCAGUUCUACAUCACUGAGCCAUACUUGUCUAUUUGCUCCAAUAAACUCACGAUCAGUCAGGAGAUUGGAUCUGGGCUUUUCUCAGACUUCUCCAGUGUGCAGUCGGUGAACAUCUCUGGUGUGGUGAACACUCUAGACCCCAACGCUGGGACCAUCACCUACAAGCAGGAAAUAAAGUACAUGUUCUCCUGCCGAUACCCACUGCAGUACCUGCUCAACAACACCGAGAUCAGCGUAUCUGGAGUGAGUCUGGCCAUUAAAGACAACAAUGGUAGUUUCAUCAGCACUCUCAGCAUGCAUCUUUUUGAGGACUUGGCAUAUACAACUCGUCUCACCAUUCCUCCACUGGGUCUCAAUCUGAAGACCAGGGUUUUUGUGGAAGUUCGAGCUACUAAUCUCACCCAAAGGUUCAAUGUUCUAUUGGAUCGAUGUUAUGCAACCACUAGUCCUUAUCCAGGAAACAGCACAUCAUUUGACCUGUUUAUUGGAUGUCACAAAGAGCCACAGACCGUGAUGUUUGUGAAUGGAGAGCUUCAGGCCGCACGUUUCUCCUUCGAGGCGUUUCGCUUCACCGAGCACAGAAACAGGACAGUGUCCACCUCUUACAUCCACUGCGCCACCAGACUCUGUGAGAAAACAUUCUGCAGAUCCUUACGGCAGAAUUGCACAGUGUUUGGAAGGAAGAGGAGAGAAGUGCAGUCGGCCCAGGGAACUUCAGUCAGCGACGCCGCCACUAUCACUUCUGGACCAAUCAUCACUAAAGUAGACGAAGUGCUUGGUGCUGUUCCUGCGGCGUCUGUGAAUCGCAGGCAGGAGCGGACGGUGAUCGGCAUCUCUGUAGCCGCUGGGCUUUUCGGUGGACUCUGCGUCGUCAUGCUAGCACUGCUAAUCUACAAGAUCAGCAAGAGCCAAUUCAGUGUAGGAAAAUCCACACUUUCCCACUGAGUGUCACAAAUCCGCAUCCUAAUCUUGUAGUUUUAUUCAUGGGGAAAAUGGUAAUGUGGUGACGCACUGAAGAACGAAACGUCACUAUUAUUACAAGUAGAGCUGUGGCUUACAGUUAAAAAGUAAAUCUACUAAAGUACAUCAUAGUUUUAAGCAUGCAAAGAUUCGUUACUUUUUUCAUUCGUAUGUAGGCAUUUUGGGGGUUUCUGUAUGAGGGUGAAAUGUAUUCAAAAUGACAACAACAUUAGAAAAAUACAUUAAAGCAAUACUAAGGAUUUAGUUAGUUUUACGUAUAUGGAUUUAUUUCCAUUGAAGGAUAUUUUAAGCCCAAAAUAAGCAAUUGUUGAUUUUUGUCCCAAUUCUGGGUUUAUAUCUCACAAUAAACACUUUUUGGGUCACACGUUACAUCUACAUGCCCAACUAACUCUUAUUAAAUUAUAAGUAAACUGUUGGGUUAGGAUUAGUGUAAGUUGACAUGCACUUGCAAAGUUUCUUAUAGUCAGUUAAAUGUGUUGAAGCAGCAGUAUCAACAGAUAUUAAGCAGUCUAUUAAUACUCAAAUGGACAUCAAAAUAAAGUGUUACCACUUUUUUGCCUACUGAGAUCCCGCUGUUUGAAUUGACUAAUUCUUGCAAGGUUGUCCUGAAAAUUAUUUUUUCCCCCUUUCAGAAUUCUGAGAUUUAACUUUGUUCUGGAAAAAAAAUUUGAA